AUGAAAUUCCGAUUUGUGGUCUUCUUAUUUCUUCUUGCUAUUGACGGUUCUGCAACAAAACGUCAAUGUUUAUCCGAUUGUACAGUUUCCGGCCUAAUGGGUAUGCCACUUGUUGUGCCUGAUGGACUUUGCAAAACUGCUCGUGGCACCAAUUGCGAAGUCACUGUACGAGUCCGAUAUCACCAAAAAUCAUAUAGUGUCACAUUCGACACGUCCUAUGUAAAGUCAUACAGUCGUUUCAUCUAUAUUUUACCAUCUUAUUACCUCUCAUACACUGCCACAUAUUCAUGUUCCAGCGAUGAUUCUUGUGCUCUUAGUUUUGCCAAAACCAAGGUGCUCGACCUCUCAAAUCGAACGUAUGAUUUUAUUAGUAUUGUAAGCGAAUUGCGGCCUCUUCUGGAAGAACGUCGACAGGCAGGUGACAAUCUUAAUUGCUAUGAUGGUACAUGCUUGACUGGACUAUGCGAAAUUGAGUACGAUACAAAAUCAAAUUCUCUUAGAAAGCGAGUAUGCAAUAGGGAAGCUAGCAUUGUCAGAGUAAGCGCCUUCGAUAGUGGCAGUUAUGCUACCUUAGAUAUCGAAUGUAAUCGAACGAAUUGUAAUUCACCCAAUACAAUGGCUCAGGUCAAGAGGAUUCUUCACGCAUACAAUUUGACAGAUGCUAAUGGCCGAAUCAAUCGAGCUCAAAAUGGCAUCGGAUCUGCUUUUAUGAUUGGUGGGCUCAUGUUGUUUUCUUAUCUGAUAAAUAAAACGGUUUUGUGA